GUCGGCCAGCCAGCCAGCCAGCCAGUCCACCCCCCGAAUGGGUCCGGGCGGAGCAGCGGCCCCGGGGUGGCGGAGGGCGCCGCGUUCCGCUCCGUGCCUCCUUCUCCGCUUCCCCAGAGGCUCCUCCGCGCAAUACCGCCCUUGCGGGGGCGGCGACAAGUGCAAGAAAAGCCCGGGCCCUGAUCGAGAGCGGAGUGCCGCCAAAGCAGCCUCUGUCGCCGCCGCCGCCUUUCCCGAAACUGGCCAGAACAUGAUAGGACAAAAUGAAACCUGCAAUGCGGAACAGAUACCCAUGUCUUACUUAACAUGCACACUUUACAUACUGGAAGGCUGGACUGGCGUGGAACACUUGGAGGAAUAUCUGAGUUACGUGGUCUACCUCACGUGGCUCUUUACACCGCUGCUCAUAGCUUUCCUGCUUCCGGCGAUCAUUCUUGUCCUUCUUUAUGUUUCCAUUGUCAUCCUCCAUAUUUAUAAGAGACGAACUGACCUAAAGGAGGCAUAUUUGAAUGAUUUCUGGGAUGGUGCAAGACAAAUGGUGGCAACUCUAUGGUAUGUCCAUGCAAGAAUAUGGAAUGGCUAUGAGGUGUGCGGCCUAGAAAAAAUACCUAAUGGGCCAGCACUGGUCGUUUUCUACCAUGGAGCAACUCCUAUAGACUUUUUCUAUUUCAUGGCUGUUGUCCUGAUUAAGAAAAAAAGAAUCUUACAUAUAGUUGCAGAUCACUUUGUCUUUUCACUACCAGGUUUUAAACUCUUACUUGAUGUGUUCAGUGUCCUGCAUGGAACGCAGGAAGAAUGUGGGAAAGCAUUAUCAAAAGGACACUUGUUGGCCAUUGCACCAGGGGGAGUUCGAGAAGCACUGUUCAGUAAUGAAAACUACGUCCUUAUAUGGGGGAAUCGUAAAGGAUUUGCUCAGGUGGCUAUUGAUGCAAAAGUGCCCAUCAUUCCUAUGUUCACACAGAAUGUUCGGGAAAGUAUUCGAUCCCUUGGUGGACUAAGCCUGUUUAGGUUGAUGUAUGAAUAUCUCCGUUUGCCAAUAGUUCCGUUGUAUGGAAACUUUCCUGUCAAAUUGCGGACAUACGUCGGCGAUCCUAUUCCAUAUAAAGCAAAAGUAACUGCUGAUGAAUUGGCAGACAAAGCAAAGACUGCAGUACAGAGUUUAAUAGACAAACAUCAGAAAAUCCCUGGAAAUGUAUUCAGGGCAGUAAUGGAACGAUUUCAAACACGGGAAAAAGAAGACUAGUAUCUCUGGAUAUAACAAUAGUUGUGAUUUUUUAAAGAUUAUGUACAUAAUGUGAUGUAACAUUUGAGAAGAUUAAUAUUGUGUUUGUCUUGUUUUGCAAUUCUGCAAUUUUCCAGAAAAUUAGGGUACUUUUUCAAAAGAUCAUUGUUGCCUCUGGAAUUUGGGUAUCUUGGUCUUUCAACAUAAAUACAACAACUUUUAAAAAAAAUAGAGAGAGAGAAAACAAAGAUGCAAAUAUAAUCAAGGAGGAAAUCUCUCAUUUUAAAGCAGACUUGCUCUGUUGGAAGUCUUCCAGGAAGGCAAAACUGACUAAAAGCAAGAUAUGUGACCCCCCAGGUAUCAUGUUUUAUAGCAGAGGUGCCUUAAAAUGUGGCCACAUCUUUGCUACACAAUGAAAUUUUCCUACAGAUUCCACAGAGGCAGCAAAGAAGGGUGGCACGCACAGUGGUUCAGCACACAUUAUUUGUUGGCCAAAUAACCAUAGGGAAGAAAGAACUGAAUAGAAGGAACUGCUAAAAAUUCCAUUCCAAUGUGAACAGUCUGGCAGGCCAUUUUGAGUCUUAUGUGUUAUUGGCAAAGAGAGGGUGUUUUUAUAUAUGCCUCUCAGUCUCUCUCGCACACAGACACAGGCACAAACAGAUAUCCAACAAUCUAGUAUAAAAUAAACUGGUCACAUAUGUCUACCAAAUAUUCUAGAAUAAAUAUCAUAAGGCUCUUUAAAACAUUUUUUAAAAGUUUGAGUAAGGUACUAGCUCUAGAUUGAGGCUAUAACAUUUGCCAGUUGUGUAUAAUGUCACCUUCUUUGCCAGUGUUAGUUUCAAAAUUAGUGUACCAAAAAGAAUGGAAGGAAAGGAAAGGAAAAAAAUCAGGAACCAGAAAUCAUUUUUUCUUACUUUUAAAACUGAGUUUUCUCAAAAACAUUUUGUUGCAGGUGAAAUGUUUUGAAAUGAAAAGAAGUUUAUUCAGUGAUUUUUGUACUAAGAAACUGCUAACAUUAAAUCACAAGCCAAAAAAAAACUGUUUCCAAAAUAUCAUAUUGUGUUUCUCAUUUAUGACUUUGAAGGACAUAGUAAUGAUCGCUAUAUUGAUUUGUCUUUCAAAGUCCUAAAUGAGCAGCCCAACUUUUUGCAUAUCUAUGUGUUUGUAUUUUAUUAUGGUCGCAUGGCUUGGCCAUGUAGUACAGUAACUAUAAAUCUAAUGAAAUACAAUCGUGCAUUCUUCUGUCGGAAAGGCAAAUUAUACAGUAAAUCAAACAAAUACAGACUGAUUUCAGUCCCUAGGUCCACAGAAACCAUCAGCCAUUAUUCCUAAUUAUUUCUUGAUAUUAAUAAUAUAGUAUUGAUUUCCCUCAUUUAUUUUGCUAUAUCAAAAAGUAGCUCUUUAUUGGGUCUUUUGCUUUCCUUUCUAUUAAAAUCAACAACAGCAAUUCUGCUUGUUCAUAAAUGUUAUGAAGCAGGUAGAUGCAAUAGCCUUCAGGUACUUCCCAUGAGUAAGCUACGCAGAUUUUUCAGUGGCAUUCCAUUUGUAAAAUAUCCUUACCUUCAAAGUAAAGGAGGCACCAAUGUUCUUAUCACUUGGAAAGCAUAUUUGAACCUUUGUCUUUCUGAUACUUUUAGUCAUUCCCAAUCUUUUUACUUUUUUACUGAUUAUGUAAAGUCUCACUGCUGCUGUUCUUAAUUUAAAUUAGUUUUAUUGAUGCCCUCUGAUAUUUAAGCCUUAAAAUAUUUUAAUUUAUAGGUUUUCAUUCUUUUAUUGUCUUGAUAGCUUGUAAACAGCCUUCAGUAUUUUUUACAACAGUCUGUAAAUCAUAUGUACUUACAGAGUAUUAAUCUGUAUUAAUCAAAUCAUAUGUACUUACAGAGAAACUUGGAUGUUUCUGUCACUGAUAAUUUCAAAACAGGAGUGAAUUAAGGCCCAUAUGAGAAGCAAAAAAGAGGACUGUCUUCUCCCCUCUUCUCUCUGCUACCAGAGCAGAGUAUCACAGAGCCCAUCACAUGAUGCAGGGCGGGACUCUGGGGGCUCCAUUGCAGCAGGGAAGAGGCGGUGAAGAGGAAGUGGGGACAGGCGAGGGAACAAUGGGGAUUGAAAGAACACAGACCCCAACAGAAGGGAAUAGAGAUGGGCAGUUCCCUCUGCUGUCCCCCGAUUUACCCCUGCUCAUCUUAUAAGGUCCUAAGAUGCUAAAAAUACUAAUCUAUAGAAUAAUGCACUAAAACAAAAAAUAUUAAUUUUGUCCCAUAUUAGGAAGAUGACAAUAGCUCUAUGGCUGCCAUCAUGCACGCACUUAAUAGAGAAAAGUAUAGAGUAUGCACUUUCUGAGUAUUGCAUGUAUAAGAUUUCCCUGUAAAUGAGAUACAUUUUCGGGCAGUCAUAUACUAGUUCAGUAAAACUUUUUCUAACACAUUUGUCUGGAUAGAGAGGUUACCAGAUACAGAAGUGAUCUGUUGGGCAAGCCAUGGUGCUCUUGAUUUCAAUGAAGGAACAUGAUAGCUAUGAAGAAAUGUAGUUGCAAAACAGCUCAAUCCAUUGCAAAAAAGAAAAGUCUUCCAUUGAGAGUGGAGCGCUAGAUUUUUACUUACAAAAUCUAUUGUUAGUUUAGGUCAGAAGUUUUUUAAACGCAAUCCAUUUGCACUUAGGUGGCAUUGUUGAAUUAUGUUACCCCUCUAUGAAUUUGUUACUUUGAGAGGCAGGAUAUGAUAUAAAUACAUGAAAUGAAAGCUAAAUUAAAUGGUAAAUAUAAUGAUGGAAGAUGUAGUCCACAUGUGUUGUUUUGAAAAUUUAUGUCAAUUUUAUACUGGUUUGAAAGUGCUAUAGGCCUUCUGAAAUAUGAAAGAUUGAGAUCCGACUUAUUGUGCUACAGCAUCAAUUUUUUCUUAAAGUAUUGAAACAAGGGUAUCAAAGCAAUAUGCAAUAUCAUUGUUUUAAAUAUAUUUAAAAUGUCUGUUUCAUAGUUUUUCCAUUUUCAGUGUUCUGUAUAUUUGUAUAUCAGAUUGUAUAUUUAUAAAAAUAACUGCUAAAUAAAGUUGAAAACCAAUGAUAGCAUA